AUGCGUGCAAUAUUCUAUCCGUUCGCCGCACUUUUCCUCAUUUUUUCCGUCUCCUCCCAAUGGGCUCCAACCAACUGGACGGCGCCCGCUUCCGUCUCGUUCGCCUACGAUUUGACGUGUCGAUACGUGCGCCAGACUCCGUGGUGCGCUAAAAUUGACAUUUACGAAAACGAUCUGGAUUCGUACAUGUCGUUCAAAACGUUUGUUUCAAAAAUUCGUGAUUUUAUUUCCGCCAAACAAACGCGAAUUUUGCAGUGACGACGACUAUUUGGGCACAAUAGAUCAAUGCUUCCGAGGCGAUGAGCACACGAUCAGAAGACACACGUAUCCAAUGUAUCCGGACGGCGACGGAUUCGGAGAUGUACGGCGUUUUCCAAAAAAAAUGUGACAGGGCUGCUUUUGCUAAUUCAGUCGUGUUGAUUAUAGGGGCACCGCACAGAAAUGGCGCUCUGUUGAGAAACUCUUAUUGCAGUGCAAAUUGAGCGACCUCGGGGCCGAGUUUGAAAAGUUAGGCCACGUUUUCAGUGCAAAAUUACUUCGCGGCCAAGAAAUUCGGCCAGCGCGUCCUUUCUGUCCGGUGCCCCAGUAAUAAGAGUGCGCAUAAACACACAAAACAACAGCGAAAAUUUGAAAAAAUGUUUUUUUCAGAUCGACUACGAAUUCUACUUUGACAUUUCGCACACGUGCACACGAGAUCGUCAAAUCAAAUGCCAUCGUUUUCACUUCAAAACUGUCUAUCUCAAGUGGAACGCGCAGUACGUCGUUUUUUUUCCGGUUUUUUAACUUAUCAAUCUUUUAUUCAGCGUUUUGCUCUCCGCCGCAAUCGAUAUCACCGAAAAGGGCCGAAUCGGUCAUUGUGUGCCGGAUAAGGAUCAGAUUUUGACGCUGGAAGACGCGCAGAUUCAGAUUACAUAA